AAUCACUACUAAUUUUUCAUGGUCAUCCUCCUCCUCCCUCCCACCCUCCUUCAGCACAUAGAGCAAAAGAAACGAACUCUACCAUUUCUCCUUUCCAUUUCCUUGACAUCCCACCAAACCAAAACACUUCAUGGGCUACUAACAGCUAAUGCAUUGAUUGCUUUGGCAAGCUAGAAAGCCAAUCCCUCCCGGGCAAGAGCCGAGAUGGGGUUGGCGACGUCAUCCAUGGCGGCAAAGUUCGCGUUUUUCCCGCCAACACCGCCUUCCUACAGCAUCAUGAAGGAAGAGUCGACGGGGAGGAUGAGGCUAACCAACGUGCAGCCGAAAGACGACGUGGACGUCCUGAUACUGCCCACCAAGAGAGGCAACGAAAUCGUGGCUGUUCACGUGAAGCACCCGUCAGCUUCUUUGACUCUGCUCUACUCACACGGCAAUGCGACCGACAUCGGCCAGAUGUAUCGCAUCUUCACUGAGCUUAGCCUUCAUUUGGGUGUUAAUCUCAUGGGGUACGAUUAUUCUGGGUAUGGACGGUCUUCGGGAAAGCCGAGUGAGCAGGACACUUAUGCCGAUAUUGAGGCUGCGUACAAAUGCCUUAAAGAGAAGUACGGAGUCAAAGAAGAGGAACUUAUACUGUAUGGACAAUCGGUCGGGAGUGGACCUACUCUGGAGCUCGCAAUACGUUUACCCAAUCUGAGAGCCGUAAUUCUUCAUAGUCCAAUCUUGUCAGGCCUCCGAGUCAUGUAUGCCGUUAAACGGACAUACUGGUUUGACAUCUAUAAGAAUAUUGAUAAAAUUCCGCACGUCAAAUGCCCAGUUCUGGUGAUUCAUGGGACUGAAGAUGAUGUAGUGAACUUGUCCCACGGAAAGCAGCUGUGGGAGCUCUGCAAGGAAAAAUACGAACCCCUAUGGAUUCAAGGAGGGAACCACUGUAACUUGGAAAUCUACCCCGAGUACCUGAGGCAUCUCAGGAAGUUCAUAUCUGCGAUCGAGAAGCUGCCCCGAUUUCGACAAGUACCAGAACAACCAACUGAUAAACCCGAGGCUGCUUCAAAGCUGACAGACCAGAAUAUUGAAAAGUCAAAGGUAAGCAUUGAUCAGGGAGAGAAGUCAAGGACAGGCAUCGAGCAUAGGGAGAAAGGAAGGUUGAGCAUCGACAGUAGAUUGAAGUCGAGAGCAAGCACAGGCAGUAGAGAGAAGUCGCAAGCAAGCAAGGACAGGAGAGAGAAAUCGAGGAGGAGCUUAGAUGGCUCAUGGAAAGCAAGAAACAGCACGGACCAGCCCGAUAAACCGAGGAACAGCUUUGAUCGGUUCGGUGAUAUGGUUAGGUCUGUUGGAUUAUGCAACAUUGACUGUUUGAAAGCAGAAAGCCCUCAAAGCCUAAACUUAAGGCAGCCGGCUGCAAAAACGAGCACCGAGAUAAUCUCGAAGCCCCAACUCGAGCCUAACCUUGAGCCUAAACUUCCCUGAAAUGCCAUAACCGAGGGGGUUCAUUUGUUUCUCGGUAGUUGUUCAGUGUCUGGUCGGUAAAUAUCUUCAGCAAGAGAUUUCUGCUGUGUCAAUUGCUUGGUUCUUUGACCUUCUUUGGACAUUGUUCUCCGCCAAUGCUUCAGAAUAAUGGAGUGAACGAAUCAUAGUUAGUCUUAUGUAUUUA